AUGGAAAAUGCUCCAAGUUCUUUCCCUAAAGAGUUUAGGACGAGGACCAUUAUUGAUGAUGAAGGUUUUCCUAAAUAUAGAAGAAGAGAGGAUGGCAGGACUGUCAAAAAGGGCAAAACUGUGCUGGAUAAUAGAUAUGUUGUACCAUACAACCCAUUGCUACUCCAAAAAUAUAGAGCUCACAUUAACGUUGAGUACACGUGCCAGAUAAGUGCAAUAAAAUAUCUUUUCAAGUAUGUCCAUGAAGGCAACGACAGAGUGACGGCUGAAUUUUACCGAACUUCGGAUUCAAGUAAUUCAUCCCAGGUGAUUGAUGAAAUAAAAAAUUACUAUGACUGCAGAUACAUCUCUACAUGUGAGGCGGCAUGGCGAUUGUUUGGAUUUGAAGUGCACUAUAGAGAGCCUCCAGUUGUGAGGUUGCCAUUCCAUCUUCCGGGUGAGCAAAGCGUAGUGUACAAUGACGGUGAGACAGUACAGGAUGCAAUUGAAAAGGCCGACAUUAAGAAAAACAAGUUUAUAGGUUGGAUGGAGGCUAACCAACUUUAUGCGGCUGGACGAGACAUUACUUAUUCAGAAUAUCCCACCAAAUUUGUUUGGAAAGACGACACAAGAGAAUGGCGCCCUAGAAAACAGGGUUUCUCAAUUGGUAGAAUUUCACAUGUGCCUCCAUCAUGCGGCGAGGACUAUUACUUAAGGAUUCUUCUGAACGUUCAAAAAGGUUGCACGAGUUUUAAAGACAUUCUCACUGUGAAAGAAGUGACCUACAGUACUUUUAAGGAUGCGUGUUGUGCUCUUGGUUUGCUAGAAGAUGACAAAGAAUUUGUAGACGCAAUAAAAGAGGCCAGCUUCUGGGGGUCAGGAGAGUAUCUUAGAAGACUGUUUGUGGUGUUGUUGAUGUCUAACAACAUGUCAAAUCCCGAGGUAGUUUGGGAUAAGUGCUGGCAAGAGCUUUCAGAUGAUAUUCUCUACAGACAAAGAAGACGCUUAGAUUACCCAGGACUGAAUCUAACAGAUGAUCAGAAAAAAAAUCUGGCGCUCGCUGAGAUUGAGAACAUGCUACAAAAUAAUGGCAGGAGCCUGCACAAUUUUGUUUCCAUGCCUUAUCCUUCAGACAUUGUUGUCGAAGACGUUGGACAAAGACUGAUUGUAGAGGAGUUGAAUUACGACAGGAAUGAAAUGAGUGAAUACUUGGACCAAUGUCUCUCCUCAAUAACUAACGAACAAAGGCAUGCGUAUGACAAAAUAAUUAACGCCGUCUAUGGAAACAAAGGUGGAUUUUUCUUCCUGUAUGGCUACGGUGGGACGGGUAAAACCUUUGUCUGGAAAACGCUUUCAGCAUCCAUUCGAUCAAGAGGUGAUAUUGUUCUCAAUGUGGCUUCAAGUGGUAUUGCUGCACUGUUGUUGCCUGGAGGAAGGACGGCGCACUCCAGGUUCAAGAUUCCCAUACCUAUAACUGAGGAUUCAACAUGCAACAUAAAGCAUAACAGCCCUCAUGCUAAAUUGCUGAUAAAGGCGAAACUGAUCAUUUGGGACGAAGCUCCUAUGAUGAGUAAAUGGUGUUACGAGGCUUUGGAUAAGUGCUUGAGAGACAUUUUGAGGUUCACCCCAGGAUAUGACUCCAGCUUGCCGUUCGGAGGAAAAGUUGUGGUUCUGGGCGGUGAUUUCAGGCAAAUCUUACCUGUAAUUCCAAGGGCAUCCAUGCAAGAUGUCAUCAGUGCAACAAUAAAUUCAUCCUAUCUAUGGCCAUUUUGUGAAGUUCUUAUUUUGACAAAGAACAUGAGACUCCUGCAAGGAUCUUCGUGCUCAAGUGCAUCAGAUAUAGCAGAGUUUUCAGAAUGGCUGUUGACUAUAGGUGAUGGCAAGGUCGGACAGCCAGUUAACGGCGAAUCAAAAAUUCAAAUACCAGAUGAAAUCCUUAUAAAAAACUCAGAAACCGGUUUUGAAGACUUGGUCAAUUAUACCUACCCUGAUUUGUUGCGUAACAUGUCUAACUCUGAAUACUUCAGGGAAAGAUCCAUUUUGGCCCCCACGAUUCAACUGGUUGGAAAGGUCAAUGAUUACAUGAUGUCUCGGGUCUCGGCAGAAGAAAGGGAAUACUUGAGCUCUGAUUCAAUAUACAAAGAAGACGGCAAUGUUGAGAGUGAGCUGGAUGCAUUUUCCCCCGAGGUAUUGAAUGCAAUGAACUGUUCAGGACUGCCACCGCAUAAGUUGAGUUUGAAAAUUGGAGUCCCAGUAAUAUUAAUGAGAAAUAUCGACCAGUCCAACGGAUUGUGUAAUGGAACAAGAUUGACGGUGAAGAGAUUUGGAGACCAUGUCAUUCAGUGCACCGUUCUAACUGGGACUAAAGCUGGAUCUACUGUACUGAUUCCUAGGAUGACCAUGAAUACAAAUAACACAAAUCUACCGUUCCAAUUUCAGAGACGGCAGUUGCCUAUAUGUGUCUGCUUCGGUAUGACGAUAAACAAAGCGCAGGGACAAACACUAGGGUGUGUUGGGUUAUAUCUUCCAAGACCGGUUUUUAGCCACGGACAAUUAUAUGUGGCGCUAUCAAGAGUCAAAAGCAAACAAGGGCUAAGGAUCCUCAUAGAAAACCACGACGAUCUCCCUUCUAAUACAACAAUUAAUGCUGUGUAUGAAGAAGUGUUUGACAAUAUAACUCCAUAA